GAAAAACAUCAAACAAAAUUCAGCAGAACUCUGAUGAUUUUCUCCGAAUUCCAGUAAUUUAGAUCGGCUGUUUUGAGGUGCUACUAGAGGAGUGUGAUCUUGUGUUCAAGUUGUGUUCUACGACUUGGUUGUGCUUGAUUUAUAUCAUCAUCGAGAUGAAAAGAAAAGCUUCAGCAGAUUCUGGAACCAUGCCAAUUUCUGGGAAAGAACAGCCUGGAGCUCUUGCCCGACAGUCUAAUAACUCUUCUUCUGUUCUUCCUUGUAAGAAGAGGUGGUACUCUUUGCUCUAUCCUCGUGCACCAAUCCAUGCUUCAAGAAAUGUUGAGGAUCUAGUGAAACCAGCAUUGGCCAAAAAAUUAGCUGGCCGGGAAGCUUUAGGUACGGAAAAAGUUUCUGUCAAGAAGAAAGUUGUUCCCAAACAAGGGGAAAGCCACAGUAAACUUGAACUUCCUGCCGAUUCAGGGCACAGUGAUAAAGGGAAGCAUGUUGUUGGAGCUAGUGAGCAGGAAUUUAAUUUUCCCAUCUCAUCAAUUCAUCCUUCUCUGCGUCACAAGUCUGCAAAUGUGAUUUGUGUUAGUCUUGGUAGUACUUUUCGAGGGUUUGACUUAUCAGUACUGCAGUCAAAGUCAGAACCUGUAGAAGAAGCCUUGCUACAAGCUAAUGAAGUUGAUAUUGCUGCUAAAGAGCUAAAUGUAUGCAGUGAUAAAGUGGAGGCAUCUGUUCCCGCGAGCAUGAAUGAAGAUCACAAGGUAUACAAAAAGACACAAGACACAUAUAAUUUGGUUGCAAGUGGUGAGGGGUCGGCAAAUGAUGGGGAAAAGAUAACUAAAUCAGUUGGUACUGAGAGAUUGGGGUGUGUCGGACAGGAUGAGGAAUGUGAAGAAGGUGAGAUCCGAGAAUACAUGAUGCAGUCGAUUGUAGAAGACCGAAUGACCAAGGGAAUUGAUUCAGGCAAAAAUAGUGAACCUUCAAGUAAAAAUGUUCAUUCUUCUCUUUGCUUCACUAAUGCAGAGUCUCAUGAGGACUUUGUGAAAGCCUGUGAUGAGAAAGCUGAAAAAGAUCUUCAGAAUGUCGCUGUAUUCAGACCUGAAACGGGUAGGCCGCUGCCUUCAAGAAGUGGAAGAGAGAGGUAUUCUUAUAUGGAGGAGGAGAUAUUCCAUCUACAAAGGAAUAGAGAUGAAAUCUAUGGCUAUGGUCCUAAAUUUGUGCGAGAUAGGUUUCAGGACCGUUCAUUUGGUAGCUCAAGGGGGGACUUCAUGCAUGGAAGAGGAAGGGGCUGGGGCCGUGGCCGGUAUUCUGGGCCUGAUUUUGAAAGGUUUGGAGGUGUUGCUGAUUAUCCCUUUAGACAUAAACGUACAGCUCCUGCUUGGGAAUCUGCAGAUGAGCGUAAUGACUAUGAUGGUGCUGCCUUUGGUACUAAUAGGAGGAGGAAGCCAUUAAAUGAUGACUUGCCUUCAUUACGACAUCCACCUGCACGUCGACAGUCCCCGAAUGGAAGAGAAGAUGCUGCAAUGAUGGGCACUCAAAGGUUUCGUAGAGCUCCCAGCAAUAUCAGCCCAAGAAGAGGCACUGAUAAAGAUGGCUUUGCGUAUGUUGGUAUUCGACAUGGUGAGAAGUUCGAUAGACACUUUCCAGCUGAUCGGAACGAGCAGUCUAUGUAUGAUGGAUCUGAUAGUCAUUUGGCUCAGGGUGAUACAGAGUUUACAGCGAUGCAGAGAGGCGGUUUACCUCGAAUGAGGUCAAAAUCUCCUAUUAGGUCCCGUACAUGGUCCCAUCCUCCGAGGAGAUUGACGGAAGAAUUGUAUGGUCGUCAGCACAGGUCUCCGGUUAAGUACAGGGAAGAUAGAACGAGGCCUUCUUCACGGACUUCUUUUACUGAAGAAGCAAUAGCCCCUCAAAGGCGAGACCGUCCAUCUUAUAGUGCUCAUCGUCAGAGUGAUAGGUGGGAUAUGGAUGGUGUACAGGAGUACGGGAAUCCGAGGUCUCAUUAUAACAGAGGGAGUGCACCUGAUCGGGAGAGGGCUGAUGGCGAGAGGCAAAUGAGAAAUGUGAAAGAGCAAGAAGGCGGUGGUAAUCGUAGACGGAGGCAUGAAGAAGAAUUUGAUGGCUCCAGAUUGAAGAAAAGAAGAUUUUGAGCUGUUAGCUUACUGAACCUGUAAUAUUAACCAUGGGAAAAACUUUUUUUUGCUUUAAACUUGUUUCCGAUAGACUGUCCAUUGAACGCGCUUUUUAAUAUUCUCAACUGUGACUUUUAAGACAUGAAUGCUGGUAGUUUAAGUUACUCUUUGUGUAUUGUUUUUAGGCCUUAAACGCAGCUUUUAGCCGUCCUUUCUGAACAUAACAGAGAGAACAUUAACACUACCUUGGAAGGUAGAGGGACUGUUUCGGAUAGUGUGUAUGUAGACCGUAUUCCCACCUUUCCUAGCUAGAGAGACUAUUUUUGAUAGACUCAGGUCAAGAAAAAACAUAAUAAAGUAUAGUUCAAGAAAAAGGAAGAAAUAGUAAAGUAUUAGUAAAACAUGAGAACAUCCUCAAAAUAAUUCUCAUACACAUUGAAUGCCGAAUUUGAAAACUUCUCUGAAAGAGUAAGUGCAGCAAUACAUACCUGAAUCGGACAUAUUAAUAAAAAGGUGGAAGGAUCUGAUAGA